GUCACUGUGUAUCUCUCCUUCAAUUGCUGUGAGAGAGAUGUUGAAUUGGGUUUCCAUCUACUAAUAAUUAAGAUGGUGUUUCUUGUCUGUUUCUGUCUUCUUCCUUUUUUCGCCAGCUAGAUCUUCUCUUUAUUGUCGUUCUUCUUCAGCUAACUUUAGCUGCUUACGAUGCCUUUUCCUCGUUUUCUGAAAUUUGGGGGGAUUUUUCAGGCUGUGACAAACCGGGGACCUGAGAUUUCAGGAACUGCUGAUAAUUGUGUCUCGCCAUCUGACAUUCCACUCAUAGAACCUAAUAGUAAAGAGCUCAAGAUGAGAGAAGCACAGCUAGGCGCUCACACUGUGAGGUCCCAUGGAAUGACACUUGCAAGGACUCACAUGCACGACUGGAUCAUACUCGUAUUGCUUGUUAUUCUCGAGUGCAUACUCCUCAUAAUCCACCCGUUUUAUCGCUUUGUCAGUAAAGAUAUGAUGACUGAUCUAAGUUUCCCUCUAAAGAGUAACACCAUACCAAUCUGGUCUGUCCCGAUCUAUGCAAUGUUGUUGCCAUUGGUAAUCUUCAUCGCUAUCUACUUCCGUAGAAGAGAUGUAUACGAUCUUCAUCAUGCGGUGUUAGGUCUGUUAUACUCUGUUCUGGUGACUGCAGUACUUACAGAUUCAAUAAAGAAUGCAGUUGGUCGUCCACGCCCUGACUUCUUCUGGCGUUGUUUUCCUGAUGCCAAAGCUGUUUAUGAUAGCCUCGGAGAUGUGAUAUGUCAUGGUGAUAAAAGUGUCAUAAGGGAAGGGCACAAAAGCUUCCCAAGCGGACACACCUCUUGGUCUUUUGCGGGUUUAGGAUUCUUGUCACUGUAUUUAUCAGGGAAGAUUCAAGUCUUUGACGGUAAAGGACACGUUGCAAAGCUAUGCAUUGUCAUACUCCCUUUGCUAGUUGCAGCUCUUGUCGGUAUUUCACGUGUAGAUGACUAUUGGCAUCACUGGCAAGACGUCUUUGCAGGAGGCUUGCUAGGUCUCGUGGUGUCUACUUUCUGUUAUCUUCAAUUCUUUCCACCACCAUAUCACACCGAAGCUUGGGGGCCAUAUGCUUACUUCCAAGUGCUGGAGGCGGCACGAGCUCAAGCGCAAGCAACAGAGAAUGGAGCGGCUCAGGGAGGUAACAGUGAGGAGGAAGACGGAGGGUUUAUGGGUUUACAUUUGGUGGAUAAUCCGAGUAUGAGGAGAGAAGAAGAUGUAGAAACUGGUAGAGGCUGAGAUAUAAAAGAGAGACACGGAAGCUGGUUUGGUCCACUGCUUACUUGCUUAGUACACUUUCUCUUGUUCUGUAGAUUUUUUUUUUUUGUUUGAUUACUUAGUCGUUUGGUAUAACUGGUUAGACCCCGGUUUAUUGAAUAAAGUUUAUUGCUUUUAGCUUGUUCAGUUGGGAUUAAUCGAAUCAUAAGUUAAGCCGGUAUAGUUUGACUGAACCGGUUUUAUAUCCUCCUGAUUCUAGUCAAUGUUCAAAACUCAUUCAA